AUGCCCGACUCCUCCUUCGCCGGCACAGGCAUGGCCCCCUCGAGCUCGGCGGCGGCGUCCAUGGCCGCGCUCGCGGCGUCUGGCGACGGCUCGGACGACUCCGGGGCGGCCAACAACGGCGCGCCGCCGCCGCCGCACGGGGUGGAGGACAACAACCCCGCGGAGCUGGCGGCCGUGGGUGGUGCCUCCAGCAGCUCCUCUCGGGCGGCGGCGAGGAGGGUCGCGGCGGCGGCUGGCGCCUCCGGCUCCUCCCCGGUGGCGUCGGCGAGGAGCAGGGGCGCCGGCGCCGCGGUGGCCGCCGCGGCGGGCGGCGGCGGCGGUGUCGGGCCGAGCUGCCAGGUGGAGCGGUGCAACGCCGACAUGGGCGUGGAGAAGCGGUACAACCGGAGGCACAAGGUGUGCGACGCGCACCGCAAGGCGUCCGUCGUCCUCCUCGCCGGCCUCCGCCAGCGCUUCUGCCAGCAAUGCAGCCGGUUCCACGAGCUGUCGCACUUUGAUGACACCAAGCGGAGCUGCCGCCUGCGCCUGGCCGGGCACAACGAGCGGCGCCGGAGGAACCCGGCGGAGGCGCACGACCAGAACGGCGGCCGGGGCGACCCGGGGAAUCUCCACCUCCACAUCAGAUAA